AUGGUCUCCUCCUACCAUAUGGGCCAGGACAUUUUCCUGCCAGUGCUCUGUCCCAAACCCCACGUGUCCAGUGAGGAGCACCGCCUCCACAUGCUGGAUGUGAGACAGGCUCUGGCUUUUUACCUGGAAUGUACAAAACCAUUCAGGAAGUCUUCACAACUGUUCAUUGCCUCGGCUGAACGCAUGAGAGGUCGGCUGAUCUCCACUCAGCGGCUCUCCAACUGGAUCACCUUGUGUAUCCGACUUCUGCUCCCCAUGGUGCAGCCUGUCUGCAGCAUGUCAUCCCCGGUUCCAGGCAGCCCACUGUCUGACAGCGAGUACCAGGUCUUCUUUUCUGCUCUGAUGCCCUCCUGGAAGGCAGGUGUAGCCUGCCAGAUCCGACGUACUCAAGGGUGCCACGACCCUAAAGUCAUCCGGCUGGACCAGUUUGAGAACCACGGCUGGAUCCCAGAGGGCCCCGUCUGUUCUGACCUCCCAGAUGCCUUGUGGUUUCAAACCUUUUGCCAGUUUGCACAGUAUCGCUGCUCCAACCGCAAGUACUACACCAAGCGGAUCCUGUGUCCUGAAAUGGCUCCCCACAAAGAACCUCGUGCCCAAGGAGAGGUGUUUGAUACCAUGGGCUCUUGGGCAAAAAGCAACUGGUCUUCCCGUGCUGGGUCCACUAGCGAAACAGCACAGGGUCAGGCAGACCCCAGACCCAUGAGUCAGGCUACCCGGCUGCAUCCGGACAUCCGUCUCCACUCCAAUGUGAACACCAUUCUGAAAUAUGCCUAUGCUGUCUCAGGCCAGGAACCAGUGAUCAGGAGGCACAUCCCAAGCGUGCCAGCCCAGAGAAGUCUCGAGCCUGGAGUGGGCCCGGAGCUGGCAGGCCCCCUACAAGUCCAGCCAGUCACAGCCACCCCUGAAACUUCCCCGUCCGUCAUAAGACCCAGUAACAAGACUGGAAGGGCCGCAGAGCAGCACAUGCAGAAGAGCAUCCAGCAGCUGAUCAACUCAGCUCUCUCCUUGGAGGGUUCUCCGGAGAUGGAGACCACUCAGGUGCCCCCAGGCACUGCACCAGAUUGGAAGGGCUCAUUCAGCAGUGCCCAGGAAGGGAUCUCAGAUGCAAGCAGCAGUGGCAGCCUCUUAGCUCUGGAAAGGGAUGAGGCUCUGGUGAUUCUCUGCUAUGCAAUGCUGGAGGGCAUCUGCCUAUCAUCAGCCAUUACCCAGGCUUGGAAGCGAAUGGAGGCAAGAACCCUUGGUUUUGGGGAUUCGGUGUGUGAUAGUCUUGGAAGGCACCACAUGGAUCUGUGCCCUGACUGUGCCUUCUGCUCACUGAAGAGGGAGCAGUGCCAUGGGGUGUCAGAUUUGAGACGUGUUCACUGUGAUGCUGGCACCUUCACUACCUACCUCAACCCUGAGAUUUCUGCCCAGUAUCAAGCUGUGGGCAAUAAGGUUGGUUCCCUGGAGGCAAUGGGGUAUUAUGGGAUGGAGGUGUACGGAGGGCUGCGUGCACAUUAUUGGUGUGGCCGCCUGGCCACACAUGGCUGUGAUGACCCCCGUGUGAUCCUUUGGCUGCAAGUGGAAUAUGCUUUCUUCCAAGGAGGAGACUUCCCAAACAAAAUCUGUGACUCAGACAGAGUUCAGCACCCUAAUUACUGUGCAUUCAAGAGCCACCAAUGCCUACAGCGCAGCCUCAGCAGCCAGAAGGUGCUUCGUCACGGUUGCCGCAGGAAUGAGACAUAUCAAGUGCUGAGUGAAGAGAAAGGCGAGGAGGAGGUGCUGCUCUGGAGCCAGAAAUUCUUCCGCUUGACUGAGGGAUGAGUGGAGGAGAGAGGACAGAGAGAGACCCCAGGGAGGAAGGAAAAAGGGGGCAUAGGGCACUGAAUGGACCCUGUGGAGGCAGAGAGAUGAGGAGAAACUUGAUAGGACCUGAAGCAACUUUUCUCAACCUCUGUCUGUCUCUCUGGUGCCCACCCCUGCUUUCAUCCAAGAGCCACAGUCUCCUCUCUGCUCCAUAUGGCAUUGUGAAUGACAGCACCCCAGAAUUCACUGGGGAAUCCCUGGCUUUGGCGUUUCAUUUGACACCAACCCAGGCACUGUACAGUUUCACCUGUCCCCCAGGUGCCUCCAAGGCUCAGCAGCUGGGAAAAGAGACUCCAGCAACAGAAGCAGCAUCAGCCCUGGGGUGAUCCACUUGGAGUUUCUGCCAGUUUCCAGGUUCCUGCCUGAUGGCCCUUGCCCAAAGCCCACAAUGUCUUUUACCCUCAGGCCUCCUGCCAAGGGCACCACCAGCGGGUUGUUUCCUAUAUUUUAUGUUUUGUUUUAUAAAGAGCCUGUUCAGCCCACACACUUCACUUUCUCUGUUCUUUUAGCUGCUGUUCUUUUUUGAACCACAUGGAUCCUUUCCCUAGAACUCCUUCCUCCACACUAGCUGUGUCAGCAGUGUCUCUUGCACUCUCACUGGUUCCCCUUGCGCAUUCACACAUUCACCAAUGACCCUCAUUUAACUGCAUACAAAGGGCACUGGAGCCUGGAGCCUUCAGAAUGGACUCUGAGCGCAGUCUCCCCCACCCCAGUGCACAGAAGUUCCCACCUGAAGGGCCGGUGGGUGCAGCACCCAGGGUUUCACACAUACAGUAGCUAACACUCACAUCUUUUGCUAAUACAAUAAUUUUAUUCCUAAUAUUUUAAGGGUUUAUUUGACUCUGUGUUCAACCCCAUGUCCCCCCCCCCCACACACACACACAACAA